UCUGUUGCAUCCAUUUCACCCUCGGGACCCCCACCCCUUCGCCAAAAUCCGUCUGCUAGAUGUGACCACGAGGUUGAUCAGGAGAAGCCACCAUGUCUUAAACGCAGACGGGCCCUCUGGAGCCCUCUCCCCCCACCCCGCCCCCCCCUCCCUUGCCUCCUCUCCCAUCCACCACCUCACUCCCUCUCCCAGCCCCCUCCAACUCCCCCACCUCUCUGCACAAGUACGAGACAGGUUGCCCAGCUCUGGCUCCCCCCCGGCACGCCCCUCUCCGCCUCCCGGAGAGAUGAGCUUACAGAAGCAGCAGCAGCUGGGCGGCGGAAGCGGCAGGGCGAUGGGUUCUGACCGGGACCUACAGUCCACCGCCUCUUCCGUCUCCCUGCCGUCUGUGAAGAAGGCUCCCAAGAAAAGGCGGCUCUCUCUGGCUUCUCUUUUUCGAAGGAGAAGCCGGGAUGCUAAAUCGGGGCGCCAGAGGUCCAGGGAACUCCAGCAUCCCGGGUCAGGAGCCCCCGCCGGAGUGGACGGGAUCGCCAGCAUUGAGAGCAUUCACUCGGAGAUGUGUAACGACAAGAACUCCGCCUUCUCCUCUGUGGCCGGGACGGCAGCUGCCUCGUUCUCCUCUGCCUCAGGGCCUUCUUCUUCUUCCGCUCCCUCCUCCUCUAAGACGGGGUUGGGGCUGGGGGCAGAGUCGCUGGAGUGCCCGCUGUGCCUUCUACGCCUCUCUAGGGAGAGUUUCCCCGACAUCAUGACCUGUCCCCACCGCUCCUGCAUCGACUGCCUACGCCAGUAUCUGCGCAUCGAGAUCUCCGAGUCACGCGUCAACAUAAGCUGCCCCGAGUGCUCCGAGCGCUUCAACCCGCACGACAUCCGCAUGAUCCUGGGGGAUCGAGCGCUAAUGGAGAAAUAUGAAGAGUUCAUGCUGAGGAGGUGGUUGGUUGCUGAUCCGGACUGCCGUUGGUGCCCUGCGCCAGACUGUGGAUAUGCAGUGAUAGCCUUCGGGUGUGCCAGCUGUCCAAAGAUCACGUGCGGCAGGGAGGGCUGCGGCACAGAGUUCUGCUACCACUGCAAGCAGCUGUGGCAUCCCAACCAGACCUGCGACGCUGCGCGGUUGCAGAGAGCCCAGAGCCUCCGUCUGAGAACCGUGCGCUCGUCCUCGCUCAGUUACAGCCAGGAGAGCGGCGCUGCAGCCGACGACAUCAAACCAUGUCCUCGCUGCGCCGCCUACAUCAUCAAGAUGAAUGAUGGGAGCUGUAACCACAUGACCUGCGCUGUCUGUGGCUGUGAGUUCUGCUGGCUCUGCAUGAAGGAGAUCUCAGACUUGCACUACUUGAGUCCGUCAGGAUGUACGUUCUGGGGGAAGAAGCCUUGGAGCAGAAAGAAGAAGAUCCUUUGGCAGCUGGGAACACUUGUGGGCGCCCCUGUAGGAAUCGCACUAAUCGCUGGCAUCGCCAUCCCCGCCAUGAUCAUCGGCAUACCUGUCUAUGUGGGAAGGAAGAUCCAUAACCGCUAUGAAGGCAAAGAUAUUUCCAACCACGAGAGGAACCUGGUGAUUGCUGGAGGAGUGACUCUGUCUGCCAUCGUGUCCCCUGUGGUGGCUGCAGUCACCGUCGGCAUCGGGGUCCCCAUCAUGCUGGCGUACGUCUACGGCGUGGUGCCCAUCUCUCUGUGCCGCAGCGGAGGUUGCGGAGUGUCAGCUGGAAAUGGAAAAGGAGUGCGCAUAGAGUUCGACGACGAGAACGACAUGAAUGCUGGCAGUGGAACAGCUGCUACCGAUACUACAUCAGUAGCAGACACCAGGAACAACCCCAGUAUAGGCGAAGGCAGUGUCGGGGGGAUGACUGGUAGCCUGAGCGCCAGCGGCAGCCACAUGGACCGUCUGGGCGCCGCCAGAGACAACCUGAGUGAGACGGCCUCCACCAUGGCGCUGGCUGGUGCCAGCAUCAACGGCAGCCUGUCCGGCAGCGCUAUGGUCAAUUACCUACACAGGAUGGAGGUCCAGGCUGAUGUGCAGAAGGAGCGCUGCAGUCUCAGCGGAGAGUCUGCUACGGUCAGCCUGGGGACAAUCAGCGACAACGCAAGCACCAAAGCAAUGGCCGGAUCCAUUCUUAAUGCCUACAUGCCUCUGGACAGAGAGGGAAACAGCAUGGAGGUCCAGGUGGACAUUGAAUCCAAACCCGUUAAAAGACGGCACCACAGCGGCGGCAGCAGCGCGGACGACGGCAGCAACGUCGGCCGCUGCGGCUGGACCAAUCCAGCCACGGGCUGCGGCUCCUCAGAGGGCAAAGGGAGCGCUGCUAAGUGGGGCAAAGAGGCGUCCUGCUCCUCCUCUUCCAGCUCUGGGGGCAAAAAGAGCAAAGGCAAGCUGCGCAAGAAAGGAGGCGGAGGAACAAAGAUCAACGAAACACGGGAGGACAUGGAUGCUCAGCUCUUAGAGCAGCGCAGCACGAACUCCUCUGAGUUCGACUCUCCGUCGCUGAGCGGCAGCCUGCCCUCCGUGGCCGACUCUCAUUCCAGCCACUUCUCAGAGUUCAGCUGCUCUGACCUGGAAAGCACCAAGACCACCUGCAGCCACGGCUCCGGCGGCGGCGACUACCACCUACGCUUCGCCACCGUCAGCCCCCUACCCGAGGUGGAGAACGACCGCCUGGAGACGUGCCCCGCGUCUUCGUCCUCCUCUCAGGGACGCGGAGCGGGCGUCCCUCCUCAGUCCCCCGCCUCCACCACCUCCUCCCUGGGUAACGGCACCGAGCUGUCCCCGCUCUGCUUCGUUACCGACGAGAACAUCAACCCCGUGUGCCCCAGCGAGCUGGACUCUUACAGCAACACCGGCGAGCUCCUGAAGGAGCACAACAACAAUCACCAACCACAAGAGCCGGCCCAAAGCGAGCAGCAGACCAAGAACUCCUGCAUACAGACCGAUAUUUAAUAAACACAAUACCUUAAGUGCUGCACACGUCCUUUAUACAUGACCUCCUUUCCUUCUUUAAACUAACAAUCGCUGCUCAUGGUUAACGUGCAGUUUGGGGUGUCCCCCCCACCACAGAUGCAUCUUACAUUAGGAUGUAUGUCCUGAGUAGAACUGAACUGCGGUUCCUGUCAGACGGCUUUUGGAUGUAUAAAAGUCUUUGACGGAGCGGCCAUCUGAAAGUAUUAAAGUGGUUCCUGAGGGUGUUUCUCUGUGUGAGCCAGACGCUGGCAACUUGUCUUGGAUCCUUAAUUUCCCCUUUAUUUUGUUACAUAAAGCAGUUAAAAUAAAAAGCUCUCCAUGAGUUCUGCAAGUGUUUCAGUUGUGCUCCUGAUGCAACAUCGUUUAAAACGUUCUGCUUUCCUGAGGCAGAAUGAGCUAUGGACCAGGCAAUAUCCUAUCACUUCUUGCCCCCCCUCCCUCCCCACUUCACAUUCUGAAUCAUCUCAGCAUUAAAUUUGACCUUUAACGGCUGAGAUGUUCUGAUGGAGUUGCUGCUCCACUGCUGCUGCUUGUCGUUUGCCGAGGUGACGCCUGUAGCUCCAACCUCUCCGGUGUCGUUUAGUGCCAAGAUGUCGUUGAAAGCUGGAUUUAACUCCGGGAAAUCAACUUAGGAUGUUUUUUUUUUUUUUUUGUCGGAAGUGGUUUGAGAAAAGGUCUCUGGAAGGCCGGCGUUGUAGAUUGUGCUGAAAGCUAGAAUAGUGAUGUUAAGCAGCGGGUGGGUCAGCCGCCUGGAGCCGUCUGCGUACUGUUCAGAGGGGAUUUCUGCAGGACGAUGGUCCCGCCUCACUGAGAGCUUUGAUAUCUUAACUCCUGGUGCCUUCAGGAAGCUGCUUGGGUUUCUCUUCACGUUGUCUUCUAGAGUCCAGUCAGAAGCGAGGAGAACUUGUUCCAGAUAGCAGAAUGUCUUCUUCAGCGGGGCCCUCCCCCAUCCUGACUCCUGCUGUGGCGGACGUCGUAACUGAAGACUUUUCAACAGCCUACCAAAGACAGCACUCAGGCUCUUGUUGAAUCUUUCAUUAUUCAGCUGUCGACGGUGAUGUGCGUCCUGUUUUAUUUUUUUAACCAUGGUGGGGAUGAAUGGAGGUGUGACCCAUGGUCACAGGCACACAUCCGGUCCGCUGUUUUUACAUGUUCCUCUAAAGCUACGCAAAUAACUGAGGCUGCACAGCAGCUCCAGGCACCGACACUGUUUCCUGGUCCAGAUGGAUUGAUGUUCUGCUAACGCACCGAGGUUCCUGGGGAAUGGGCGUGUGUUGGGGUUAACCCUCCCUAACCAUCUGUCUUGUGUUGCCAAACGGUGCUGCUGAGCAGACUUGAAGUCACUUUUCUGUUGGGUUCUCUUUUCCUCCCUCAGUGUUUGCUGAGCCUUCUUACUGCUCUGGGGUCUGCUUAAGGCCACUGAGCUGGUUCUGGUGAACCUCCACUAGCAGGGGUAUUGACCCAGGUCUGUUAUUGAAUGGACCCCCGGUUCCGUGGAUGAGGACGCCUAGCGGCAGUUCUCCCUUCAUCCAAUCUAGGAUUGUUUUUUUUUUUCCUCCCUUCUUGGUUUGAACCAAAAAUCUCUUGUUUUGGUUGUAAUCUGCACACUAGUGCCAGAUAAAACUGGCCCUAUGUGCAGAAUGAGAUAAGCUGUUUGUACAUUUGUUUGGUAAUUUGCUUUACUAUAUGCGUGUAAAUGCAUAUCUACAAAAAUAAAAUAAAAAGUUGUAUCUCAAA